AUGCUAGUAUAGCCACAUGUUAAUGGAUAAUAAGGUUCUUCAUCAAGAUCUAUGUCUAUUUCAAUGGAUGAUUCAAUCUAUACAUAAAUUCAACCAAUAGUUUAAAAGAUGACAGUCGUGAAUUAACAUUAAUUGUAAGUGAGAAAGCCAUCAGAUGGUGCCUAAGAAUUACUCAAAUCACCUCCUACUACAAGUGUGACACCAUAGAUUGCAUCAGAUAGACCUCUUUAAAGUGAGAUCAAAGAUCUGCUUUUGAUUAAUGAGGAACCUAGCAACAAAGAAUAGUCUAUGUAAAUCAGUGAUCGUUGUAAGAGAACCCAUAAAAAUACAGAAAAGGAAAUAAGUUAAUAAAGUAUAGUAAUAGAUGAAAAACCUUAACAUUCCUAUAGUGAUGUGUAAUGGAGUAGACUUAUGUCACUAAGAACUGUGAAUACUCAUCCUUCAUUUUAACUAAAUGUUUUAUGUGAUAAAGCUGCUGAAAUUGAUUAGAUUAAUUAUACCACAACGUGUCUCAACCCAAAGAAAUAAAAUCUAUAUUAUCAUUUUAGUAAUGUUAUAUAUUGCAUGUAUUUAUGUUUCUUUAUAACUUAAAUAUUGAUUAAUUUAUAACAUAGCUUUUAAGAACAACAAAUUUAUUAGAUUUUAUUAAUAGUCUUUUAAAUAAUAUCAACACUCAAUCAAGUUUUAUUUCAAUAGUAACAAAAUGGCCAAAUAAUUUAAAAUGUUGAGAGUUUAAUCCAAAUUUACUUGAAGAAAUAAUUAAUUUUGGAUCUAAUUGUCUUAAUUCCUGUGAUUCUGGCAUUAUCAACAGAGUAGUUGCAUAUUUUAUAGCUUUUGCAUAUCAUAAGACUAAGAAAAUUAAGAUAGUUACUAAAAGAUUUAGAGAUAUUCUAUGGAGCAAUAAUCUAAUAUAUAUAUUAUAUUAUUGAAUUCCAUUUCGUCUAAUUUAUUGCAUUGACUAUACUCCAAUUUAAUCAUGAUAAGUAAUUCAACUUUUAUGAUGAAUUUAUUGUGUUAUUUUACAAAUCCUCUGAUAGUAAUUUAAUAACUUAUGUUAUAAGAAUGUUUAUCCUAAUAUAUUACUGUUUUUUUAUUUAUAGAUUGACAUUAAAAGAUAAUUUUCAAAUAAAUAAACUAUCAUUAUCGUAUGAAACUAAGUAAAUGAUAAGGGCUUAUAUAAAUAAAUUGAAAUCAUAAUAGUCUGUGGACAUGAAUUUUCUAUCUCAAUUACCAUAGUCAUAUGUAGAUGAUGUCAAAUUUUAACGUUAUUCUCAUUUGCUUUAAAAAAUACCUAUAUUUAAAUCUUCUUUUUCAUAAAGCACAAUGAGAUAGAUUUGUAGUUUAAUUGAAGAGUAUACUUACAUUCCAAAUUAGAUUGUGCUGAUGCAGUAAACUUCAAAUUAAUAGCUAUUCAUAAUAUUGUCAGGAGAAGUGUAAAUAACAUAAAGAAAGGAAGGAAGUUCUAUUCCUGACUUUAAAAUUAAAAUAAUAGGAAAAGAUUCAAUUUUUAACAGUCAAGCCUUUUUCAGAAAUACAUAUUCAAAUGUUAAUGCAACAUCUAUAGGGUAUUCCUAAAUAGCUUAGUUAGAUAUAGAGAGAUUUUAGGAGUGUAUUAAAUUUAAUUACGAAGAGAGAUAAAAAUAUAAAAUGAUGGUUGAUUAGAUUGUUCUUUAUAAAUUUUAUAGUUUAUGUUCCAUAUGUUGUUAUUUAUGUGGUAAGUUUCAUGAUAUUGAUGAAUGUGAUCAUGUACAUUAUGUUCCAAAACAAUCAGUUUUAGUUUAAUAUAUCUAAUCAAAUGAUUAAUAAAUUCGUAGAAAUUACUUUCGAAGUAAAAUGAGACAAAAAUAAAGGCGAAUAAAGUCUAGUAUUAUGAAAAUUGAAGAAGCAGCUCUUUUAUUUUAACAAUUAAAUAUUGAGUCAGAUAAUACAGAUGAUCACAAAAAAUACUAAGAUGAAGUGAUUAGUAUACAACAACCUUAAAUGGUAGAAGUAAGCCAUCAUUUAACAGACAGAUAGAAUUCUCUUCAGUAAUCUUAGUAGACUCCUAGAAGAGGAUCAUUAUACUCUAUGCGUGAGUCUUUACAUUCUUUAUAAUAGUAAUAAUAACAAUAAUAAUAAUAACAUCAAUUAAUGGAUAUCCCAAAUAUAAGUCCAGUAUAAUAUGUUCAAUAGCCACCCAGUGGAAUUUCUCAUAGUUCUUAUGGUUAAUUAUUAAAAGAUGUAUCAGUUAAUCGUAAGAAUUUUAAUGGAUCUUCAGAUAAAAAUUCAAGUGGAAAUGUGUUUUCUUUACCUUACAGCAGCAAUGGAAGUAAGAAUACUCCUAAUAAUAUUAUUUAAAAAUAAGAAAAAGAUGAAUUAAUUAGUAUUCAAUUGAAAAUGGCUAAAUUUUAGGAUAGUGUAUAUUAUCAUUAGAAGAGAAUACAUAAUCAAAUUGAUAAUUAAAGUUAAAAUACACUUUCCAAAUACUAAAAAUAUCAUACAACUCAACCAUAAUAAUAAUAAUAAACAUAAACUGUUCGUUCAGACAGGAAGUCUAAUUCUUGUAUUUCUGAAUCUGAAAAAGGAGAAUAUCAAAUUUAAUAACAAUAGGAGGUGCAGCCAUCUAGAUAUGGUAUUCAAUCAUCAAAAUUUACAGGAGAAACAGCUAAACAAUUUAUGCGAAACCCAUUAGAAAUGCCUAAUAUAGAAUUUUAUCAGUCUUUUGAGAAGAGUAAUCAAUUUAGUGAUUACUUUCCUCAGCAUAAUAUAAAUUAAGCUAUUGAAAGUUACAAAUAAUAUUAAUAAUCUAGAUCUAGUGUUCAUAAAUGA